UAGAAUUGUUCCUUUGUACUUGUUCUAAGUGUAAUCAUUUCUGGAAUGACAGCCAAUGAAACAACAGGCUGGGCAGUGUCUUUGGAAUCUGAAAGUUAGGUAACUUGAAGGACUGGCCAAUGUAGCUGGGUGAAAAUUCAGUUUAUUGCCUUUUCCAAAGUGCAUCUGCUGUCUUGCUAAGGAGAAUAGGUAUUAUCAUGGGCAGAAACGUGUUUUUGUUCCUGAUUGUGGGGGUUCUUGGUGCCUGGUAUCUGUACACACCCCUGCCAGCGAACUCCGAGCAGCCCUGGGCACUGAUGUUCAUGGGAGCAAGUCUGAAGACUGCAUUAAAUUUGAUGCAAUUGGCUGAGCUAUUGGGAAUCAGCCAUUUCAUGACCAGUACCAUGUUCUUUAUGAGCUUUCUGGAGACUCCACCCACUUCUGAUGAAAAUCUCACUGUGGUGGACACCACUUUUCACAACAUUCCUGUCCGUGUCUAUGUGCCAAAGCAGAAGACCAAGACACUCAGAAGAGGCAUAUUUUAUAUCCAUGGUGGUGGUUGGUGUUUGGGAAGUGCAAUGUUUUAUGGCUAUGACCUUCUGUCAAGACAGACCUCAAACAGACUGGAUGCUGUGGUCAUUUCCACCAACUACCGCCUAGCACCGAAUCAUCACUUUCCAGCUCAAUUUGAAGAUGUUUAUAACUCACUGAGGUGGUUCUUGAGUCAAGAUGUUCUUCAGGAAUAUGGUGUGGACCCUAAAAGGAUUGGGGUGUCUGGAGACAGUGCCGGAGGGAAUUUAGCAGUUGCAGUGGUCCAGCAGCUCCAAGGUGAUCAAGAUGUCAAGGUCAAAGUCAAGGUCCAGGCUUUGAUCUAUCCUGCCCUUCAGGCUUUGGAUUUUGACUUACCAUCCUACCGUGAAAAUGCACACUAUCCAGUUCUGUACCGGUGGUUCAUGAUCAGGUUCUGGAGUGAGUAUAUUACUACAGACAGAUCCUUGGAGAAAGCAAUGUCUAUCAACCAGCACGUACCUGCGCAUUCAGCUCACCUCCUCCAGUUUGUUAAUUGGAGCUCCCUGCUGCCUGAGCGCUUUCAGAAAGGACACAUUUAUAAGAAGCCUGCUUUUGGCAGUUCUACCCUGGCAAAGAAGUACCCAGGGUUCCUGGAUGUGCGGGCAGCCCCGCUGUUGGCCGAUGACACACAGCUGCGUAGUUUACCCCAGACCUAUGUGCUCACCUGUCAACAUGAUGUUCUAAGAGAUGAUGGGGUCAUGUACGUUACCCGCCUUCGGAAUGCUGGGGUCCCGGUGACUCAUGACCACAUUGAAGAUGGAUUUCAUGGAUUGAUUUCCAACAGUCUGAAGGUUGGCGAUAGAAUGAGAAAUCAGUACAUCAAUUGGCUAAGUGAAAAUCUCUAGCAAGAAUCUGAGCAGUGGUUGUGAUGAAUUGAUUUGAUGUUUGAUUAAUCGAGACAUUAGUGGGAAUCAAAAAUCUGCUCUUGAGGCCAUGUUUCAUCUGUGGCCUUGCUCAGGUCUCUAGAGCAGGAACAUGUGGGAUUUGUGUCCAUUGCUACAGAUCACUGCGCACUAAUUUUUUUUCCUUACUUGCUUACUUAUCUGCUUCCAUAUUUUCCUGCAGAUAUUGCCCAUGUUUUAGGUCUCUCACUCAGACCUAGAUUUGGAGUUUGCCUAUA